AAACUUCAUCUUCAGCUUCAGAAACAGCCUGGUGGCUGAUGCUUACAUGAGGCUCUGCACAGAGUACAACCAAUGGGAGUGGGAGUUCAAAAAAGAAAUGUAUAGUUGGGUUACCAAAGCAGAGACAAGAAUUUCCAAUUUUGGUACAGUUGCUGCAACGUCUGAAAUAUCUGAUAUGAAUGAAUUCAUCACUAAGUUGAAAACUGAAGCAACCACAGAGCUGAUCAAGUGGGAGACAAAGAUCCUUGACAAACUGAAUAAAUACUUUGAUCAGCCAGAAGGUCAUGUUUAUCUGGUUGAAGGAUACAGAGAGGAAUUCUCCAACAGCAUAAAGAGUCUUAGACGACAAACUGAAAGAUCAGUGUUCAACCAGAUCACAGCAGCAGCUGAUAUUAAAGAGGGAUUGAAAGAACUUGACAAAAUCAGGGCCAAUUAUAGAGGAAAAAUUGAGAAAGCAGUUUUUGCUUUAACUGAUGAAUGUCGUAAGAAAAAAGCUAAAAUGACCAACAAGAAACUUGAUGAAAGUUUUAAUAAGAUGUGGACGGAAACACUUAAACCCUUGUCUUUCUCUAAACAGCAUGCUUCAGAUAUCUACACCAGUGUGUUCCAUCAGUUGCAAGAAAAUCUUUCACCCAAGGGAAGCCAACUACUGAGUGAAAAAAGCCUUAAAAACUGUGGACUGAAGCCUUUUACAUACAAACCCAAAGGAUUGAACCAAGUAACAGGAUGGUUUACAAAGUAUGUAAAGGAAAGACAAGAAAUUGCUGACAGCAUAAUAUCUGCUUGCAAUGACUGUAUUAGUGAUAAAAUCAAGAGAAAAACUAAUUAUCAUGAUACUUACAUCCAGGAGAUCCUUCACAUCAUUGAUGAAAAGCUGAACAAAGCUGCUGUUGACACUGACAUUGAGUUUGAAGUGUCUCUGAAACAACACAUCUGUGGCUCUGCAGCCAGAAAGUUCCAGAAAAUGCAUGAAGAUUUCAUCCAAGAAAAUGAUCCUAACAGAUGUCUGCAGAAAAACAAAGAAACGUUUUGCACAGAUUUCAAAGAUGUGUUUCAAGAAAGAGACCAAUGCCAGAAGAAAGCUGAAGAAUUCACAAAGCAACGUUUGAAACCUGCUGUUGAAAACUUCAUCUGUCGUUCUCUUGGUCCUGAUAUUGUUGAUAAAAUGCUGACAAAAGAGGAGUUCAGCACACGAAUGUCUUUCCAUUAUUCAAUUUUACUGGAUCUGAUUUCUAAAAGUGACUUCAACUGCUUUAAGAGCUACAUAUAUUCAUAUGAAUAUUAUGUAAAAUCCUGGAUAUCUGAGAGAAUUAGGGAGACAUUCUCCUCUAGGUCUACAGUUUGUCAGUUUGAGGACAAACAUCUUAAGUUCUGCAUCGACCACAUAAAUGCCGCCAUCAAUAAGGCAAAAACAGAAAACACUGACAGUCUGAAGACAUUUGUUGAAAAUAUCUGCAUAGAACUUUGUGAUAAACUGGGGAUUUCCCAGGAUGCUCUUGAUACCUUCAUGGUUCUGAACAAUGCUGACCAGAAACAGUUUGCUCACUGGCUCAACAUGUGUGUGGAGGAAAUGAAAGAAGCUCUUAGAGAAAAGCUUAAAAACACAGAGAUUGACACAAAACUCUCACAGCUUCAUGUGAAACCAGAGAAUGAGCUUUUCAGCAGAGUGUUUGGUUGUGGUCAACAGUGUCCAUUCUGCAAAAUACCCUGUGAUGCAGGUGGAGAAAACCACACUCGACACUUUGCUUUACUGCAUCGACCAUGGAGUUUGGCUCAGGUCGGGUGGGAUGAGUCAAAUAAACUACAGACUGACAUUUGCUCUUCUCUUGUUAUCAGUAACAGGUAUUUUCACUUCAGUGGUACAAAGGGUGAGUACCAUCCUUACAAAGAAUAUAGGGAGAUUUUUCCAGACUGGAAUAUUCCUCCAGAUGUGAGCCUUGAGUCAUCAGAUUAUUGGAAAUAUGUAAUGGCCAAGUAUAACAAGGAAUUUGCUGAAGCAUGUAAAGCACAACCUGCUGACAUUCCUGAUUCUUGGAGGAGAAUCACAAAAGAACAGGCAAAGAAAAGUCUCAAGGAGUCGUUCUACGUCAAGUGAAAUCAGAACUUCUGUCUAUUUGUAAGAACAUCACUGCUUCUUGCCAUUAGAGUACCUAGAUAAUUUUUUUGUCUUGUUUUAAAUCUACCUCAUUUACACAUUGGGUUCAAUCCUUGUUAAGACAAUAUAAAUGGCUAAAACCUAUUUAACUAUAGCUCCUUAUUUUUAAAAUUUUUAAUUUUUAAUAGCAUUUCAUCAAUAUUUUAUCUGAAGUUGUCAUUUAGCAAGAUUUUGUUCACUAAUUAACAAGAAAAGACUAAUUUUCUUGUUUGAAAUGCCUUCAGAUUACAUUUGCUAUGAAUUAGCAUGAUAUACAGUACGCUGAAUUGAAUUAAGUUUGAUGUCAGGAUCUUUUUAUUUUUAGUUGUUUUUUAGUUGCUAUAUGGAUGUAUCAAUGUUAUGAAAAAAAAUCAGAUCUAUAUUUAAUGUCAAACACUCUUCAUGACAUCAGUUAUUACCAGACAUGAUAUUUUGUUAGUAUAAAAUGUCUUUAUUUUUUUUGUAUAAUAUUUUUGGUUUUUUGGCUUUGUCUUCUGGGUCUGGGUCUUAUGUUUUCAGCACUUCUAAUGUUUUGAUAUUUAGCUCUAUGUUCUUGAUGUUCAUUUGUUCACUUCCUUGUUUCAUGUAUUGGUUACUCCAUGUGUGUGUGUAUUAUUUAUAUUCUUUCACGUGAGCUUUUUAUUUUUGCUCUACUGAAAAUAGAAUUUUAAAAAGUCAUUAUUUUUGUUUUGCUCACCUAAAAUGAAUAUGUGAUAGAUCACACCUCCACUUCAUUAAACUCUCAGGUUUUUCUGUUCAUUGCUGGAGUCUGAUGUUAUUAUUAAGUUUUCCCUUGAAACUUAACAGUUUCAAGAAUAGAAAC